AUGCAGGUGCUUCUAGCAGCUUCAGCUGGCACGGAUGCGCGAGUGGUGAUUACCGGGGCCACUGGGGGCAUUGGACAAGAACUGGCGGAGCAGCUGCUGCGUAAUCCUUCGGUGCACCUGCUCUUGGGCUGCCGAGAUCAUUUGAAAGCCCAACGGCUCUUUCAAUCCUCUGAGCGGACGAAGGUCCAUCGCUUGGACCUCUUGGAUCCCGAUUCCGUGCAAGCCUUUGCCGACGAGGCGCACCUGUUCCUUGCGGGUGGUGAAAGUGGACUGAGGAUGCUGGUGAACAAUGCCGGUGUCAUGCGACCACCAGUGAGUCAAAGUAAAGGAUGGCCAUGGCAGCUGGGGCACAAUGAGGAGCACAGCUUUGAGGAGAACCUCACUGGUGUGGAUCCCGGCGGUGACACAGAGCCGCCCAGCAACAACACCCACCAGAAGGGUGAUUUCUGGUGGUUUGAGGGGACGAUCUGGGGCUUUUGGUGGAGUGCCGAUGGCUUUGGAGAAGAUGCCCCAUGGUUCGGGACGCCGGAAUCGCCCGGACGCCUGCGGAGCGACGGUGGUUGGGCUGGUUACUUCGUGGACGGCAUUGGAGUGCAAGCUUUCGGUAGCUGGUGGCCCUGGGUGGCCUACUUUGUCAUGAUCACCUUCCUGACCGGGAUUCUCGGGAUCUUGACGUACAGCCUGCACACCUUGACGGGACCCUGCAGGGCUUUAGGAAGAGGGGUGCACGCCCUUUGCGGCCUAUGCUGUUGCAGGAGGCGCGAUGAUCUUGAAGCCCACUUACCCAGUGCAAGGCCGUUGAUGAGUGAGAUCGAAUGGCAUGGACCCAAGACAGGUUGGCCGACGGAGACCAGGUAUUUGCAGCAGCGCUUGAAAGGGCGUGGCAGCCGGCGACGCUUGAAUGACGUGGUGGUUCGUCGCGGUGGACACGUAGCUCGGCUGCUUCAGGAAGAGAGCAUGCUGAAACGGAUUGACAGCGAUGGACUACGUGUGAAAUUCAAUGGAGUCUCUGGUUGCACCUCUCGGCAGUUCAGACGAGAACUUGAAGAAGCAGGCGAAGUUCACCUUUGUCGACAACUUGAAUGCCGAGCUGAUCAUAGCAUGCACAUCCAGGAGUUCGCCGGAGUUGAUCAUGAGGCUCUAUUAGAUCUACAUCGUUACGCACAUGGGUCACCACGUUGGCUUCUUGGUCUACUUGGACGAGGGCUUUGGCGCGCAGUUGGGCUGGUGGCGAGACUCACUCGCUGCUGCUGCCGCAUCUGUUGUGUGAAAAAGGGGACCCGUGUCAUUCGUGAUGAAGAAGGACGUGAACGGAUGCUUGACCCUGAUUCGGAGUCUGAGGUGGAGGGCGACGAGUCAUCGUGCCAAGGAGUGCGGAUUGGAUUGGUGAUCGAAGGUGAAAUGAGGCCCUUGGCACCUGAUGGUUGCAAUGACAUGGCCACGCAGGAGGAGACCACGCUGCUGGACGAGGACAUCGAGGUCUCGGAUGUGCGGCCGCCUGGACCAGGUCAACUUGCUCGCAUACCCCUCUGCGCUCAUCAUCGCCAAGUAUAUCAGGGGGCAGCAGCUAAACGGAAGUGUGGAGUGCUGACAUGUCACAAAGCGUCCAAGGGAGCACGGCGUGGAGUCCCGCUCUGCUACGACCAUCUUUGUGAACAAGGAGGGUCGGGACUGAGGAAAGACAGCCCCCAUCCUAACGGGAUGCUCCAAGGGCUUAGGCGGAGGUUCGUGAAGAGAUCAACGAGUCGGAGUCGGAGCCCAGCACCGGAGCAGCAGCCGGACGGAGGUGGCCUUGAGAAGCGCCAGGACCCCGGAGGAGUUUGGAACAAGAAGGAGAGUGGCAUGGCACCUAUGAGGUCGAGCUCUGUCGACCUGGGCAAAGUGAUGAUUCCAUCGCCACCCAGGGGCAUGCUCGAUGAAGAGGAUGUCAUGGGGAAGCCCGUGUGGAUGAAGAUUAAGCUUAACUACUUGGAGGGCCAGCGAGAAUGUGAAUGGAUCAUGUGCAUGGGCGAACUCGUGGGCUACACACCUGGAGGAGUUCGAGGUGAUCGGAAGCUCGAGAUUCACGUCAAGUACCUUGAGACCACCAUCGUUGUCGACCCCAAGUACCUGGAGGACAUGACUGAGGCCAAGAAUGUGGAGGAGCCCGACCCUCUCAAAGCUCAGCUUCUGAUCAAUGACAUCCCGCAGGACGCUGCAGGCAUCGGCUUGGACGUAAAGGGCUACAUUGUCCCGGAGCAUCUGAUCCAGCGCUUGAAAUCGUGGGAGGGGCGGACCAUUGGCAGCGGUAGACGCCUAAACCAGUUGCAGAUUGACUAUGUCAAGAAGAACAUCUCCACCCUGGUGCGGAAACACAGUGCGGGCUUUGUGAACGGAGAAAUCUGGCCUAGUUGGCCAGCUGAAGCUGAGCUCGGGCUUGAUGUGCAGGUUCGUGGACGUGCUGAAGCUCAACCUUUCGGAGCCCGGGAGGAGCCGAGGAAGAGAUCACGGAGCCGGAGCCAUAGCUUAGCCAGGGUCAUGAGAGAAGAGGACGAAGUGAAGCAGAAAAUGGAGGUGGAUGCGGCCGGAGACGCUGAGGGCGACGAGAUGACCGGUGAGGGCGUUGUCGAGGCCUAUGCGACGGCCUUAGCGUCAGGCCAAACCCAUCAGGAGGCGCUCGACACGAUCCAGAUGAUCUUCGAAGUGGACUUCAGCGCCGUCCAGAGCAUCCUGAGGAACUACAUCCGCAGGAACUGUGGGAAGCAAAAUGAGCAAGUUGAGGUGGCGAUCAGGAUCCUCAAGGGCGCGGGAGCAUCAAGCUACAACGUGGCCAAGGAGGAGACCAAGCCGCCUACUGCACAACCGGAUCAACCAGCACCAAGUGAGAAGAGGUUGCAGACGACCUCAGACAAGCUGUUUCCAUCACACUUCGGAUCAGUGAAGGAUGAAAGCAGCCUCAUUCGCCCAGCGGGCAGCUCUAGCACCCAGAACCCCUUGACAGUGAGUGAUGGGGUGGUGGGACAACUCUUUGGGCUUGGGAGCAAGUUGGACGACACCUCGACACGUGCCGGAGCCGGGGGUGACGAAGAAGAUGGACAGAUGGGAGCCCGCGUCGUGCAUGCUUUGGAGGGCCUCCGAAAAGCCACUGAAGGAGACAAGAAGGGCAACCCGGGGACGAGAAGCGCCAUUGGGUCAGAGGAGGGCCUGGACGUCUACUUAGCUCGGGGAUGCAACACCCUGACCGUGGAGGUCUGCCCUGACGUCACCGGGAAGGAGCUGUUCGAUGCCCUGAAGAGAGCUUGCUCGCACGCCAAGGCCAAGCUGCAGCAGAUUGAGUGGCCCUGCCUGGUGACGAAUGGCAUUGCCUAUGGACUCGCGGCCAUGCAGCAUGGUGGGAAAGAUCACACCACGCUGGCGCCGUGGCAGCUGAGCGUGGCGCAUGCAGUGACGGCCAAGCCAAGAGACUUCGAUCAGUAUGAGGCGCCCAAGGACGACAAGAUCGAGCCGAAGCCAAGGUAUCCAACCCACUUCGCUACCUGGUUGAAGCAGGCGAAGAACGAGAUCAAGAUGAUCGGGUCAGUGUUGGGUCUGGAGCAUAAGAAAGAACGGCUUAAAGCCUUGGAUCAGAUCGAGAGAGCUCAUGAGCAGGACUCGGACGUUUGGCCGGAGAACUACUGCUACAGUUUGUGGGAGGAACUCAAAGCCGGUGGCGAUGAUGAUCGCGUGGGACGAGGCCGAGACCGUGGCGGUGACAAAGACAAGAAGAAGAAGGAGAAGGAGCGAGACGAGAAGAAGGCCUACCCAGCCGGUAAGCGGCUGCGGCCAAAGGAGGCUGCGGAGUCGGUCAAGCAUGGACCACGGACGAAAGAAGGAAAGCCUAUCUGUUGGGAUGGUGCCACACACAUGGGCUGCAGCAGGGGCAAAGAUUGCAAUCACGCUCACCAACCAAUCACCACUACGAAGGGCCUGCAUUGGACGGUUCUAGCACAGUUGAUUCGCCGUGGUGGACUGAAGAGUGGUCCGAUGAUCCAACCCGGUCAAGUUGAUGGCAGGAUCGCACAGUUGAGGGCGCAGGCAAAGGCGGAGCAGGAUGAGAAAGUGAAGGAUGGCGGCGCUCAGAAGCAAGGGUGGCUUCCUCCGGAAGAAUAUGAAGGAGUUCAAUACACCCAGCUGGAAGAUGAGCUCCGGGAAUUGACCCGGGGGCCGGACGUGAACUGGCUCAGAGACCCGAUGCUUGACGGAGGGCAAAAACGACACAGCACCUGGGAGAAGCGGGUGGAACAUCCUGAAGCCCAGCGCCGCCUCAGAGUCCUCGAAAGUAUGGAGAAGGCUGGCGUGUUCGCCAGGUUGAGCAGUUGGUCCAGCUAUCUUCAGUCCCAUGUGCGGGGCAGGAUGCUCAACGCCGUCAUUGAGAAGCAGGAGAUGACGAUCGAUGACGUACUCCUUGAGGCUACGGAGAAGGGGUGCCCUGAGUUGGCGCAGGAGGCGGAGAAGGUCCUCAGCGAGGAGCGAUCAGUCGGAUGGGCCGAUGACGAGAAGCAAGCUUGGAUCAGUGCACCAAUCUGGCAGAAAGACAAGGGCUAUGGAGAAGGGAAGUUCGAGUUCCAGUGCGGAGCAGAAAGGAUUUGUUGGCGCUACCUGGACUAUAAGGACAAGUUGCCAGCCUCAGACGAGCUUGCGAGUGCUUUGGGACUUCAGCCUGGAGAAGAUGAAGAACGCCAAUGCCUUGUCCUUCACCCUGCAGCGGGCGUCUUGCUUUGGGAAGGCGAUUGGGACCCAGAGCGCAGACCAGGCAUCGAGGAGGUGAGGCAUAAGGCACAGGAGUUCAGAGCAGCGCUUUGGGACGAAGCAGCACGAGCAAUUGCGGAACUGGGGGACCCAGCCCCUUGGAUCAGUGCUCGCGAAGCGGAGAUCCGUGGCUACGCACAUGACUGCCUUCGAGCCAACCACGACAAGGACUACAGACUGUUUCAGGCCUUCGUGAUUGAGGAGCUGCGUGAUGUGACGCUGCAAUGCUGGAGAUUGAACUGCCGUGGACAAUUUCAAGUGGAUCACCUCGUUGGCAGCAACCCUGGCAGUGAAGGACAGAUCAUCCCCUUUCUGAUCCAUGGCGGGCACAUCAGGCUCUUGGUGCCCAAUGAGAAGGAGGAACCGGUCAAAGUGGCAGCACAGUUGACGCUUAGUGGCCAGACAGAUCGAGAAUGGCAAUGUGAAGGUUGGAGAGAGUUCCUGGCUAAUGAGGAUACAGCAGCCCCAUUGGUGCCAGGGAAGCGACCGAAGUGCCCGAGAUGUAUGGAUGGCAACCUGAAGCAAGGUAAAGCACAACCACAGGUCCCUUGGAGCUUCAAUGAGCAUCCCAUCGACACGCAAGAGCUGAUCCUGAUGGGGGCCCAGAUGCCUUUGAAGCACAGGAACUUGGACGAAAGCAAUGGGCGAAGCGGGGCCGUGGCAAGUCGCUACCUCCAAGCCGCGAUGGAGCUUCCAGGCCCGAACGCAGCGAAUAUCUGGGAAUUUGGAACGCCCUGCACAAGCUACUGUGACUUCAACAUCCUGAAUGGGGGAACACGUAGCUUUGCCUCGCCUGAAGGAGGACCAGUUCCAACGCAGAGCGAAGAGGAGGGCAACUAUUUCUGUGAGCUGACUGGUCGACUCUGCCAAUCGCUCUACGAUCACGACAAGGAAUUCGUGCUCGAGUCGUCGAUGCCCUCUGGAAGGUAUCCCAAAAUUUGGGAUCAGCCAGCGAUCCAACGCCUGCAACAAUCCACUGGAGCGCUCAUCGUGCCCACCCACUUGUGCGAAUGGGGCGCAUCACCGAGCGACAAGCCCGAGAUGAGAUACAAGAAGGGUCAGUGGAACUUAGUUUCCCCUGGACUAUACCUCCAUGCAUUGUUGCUAGCUCGUCGUUGCCAAGGGAAGCAUCGCCACAUGGACGUCAAGGGUGAGUCGGACAUCCCAGGAGUGCCCCGGACAAGGCGAGCGCAGGUGUAUCCGGCACGCCUUUGCAAGGGCUGGGCGCUCGUAGUGCAAGCGGCCUAUGCCGGCUGGGACACUAUGCAGGUGGCGCAAGCUUUGGAGGUCAUUCAGGAGGACGAUGGCCGAGAAGGGACACUUCCAUACAAGGUGAACGAUGCGGCAGUGCUGAAGGCUCAGAGUUCCAAGGGGGAUUGGUGGGACUACCAGGAGGACACCCUCUUCCUUGUGCGCCACCACGUGAUGCCCCGGAGGAACAUGUUCGGCUCGCAUUACGGAGACUGGAUAGACUGUCCGGUCUCAGACCACCUGAUCCGGAGUGAUCGCAGGACCUGGAUGUUUCCUCAGAGGCGUGACUUGGCCGAGACUACCCCACACGAAAGAGUUUUCUUGGACAACUGGCGGGUGGACUUGGCACGGCUCCGUGACAUCCCUGACUCGAUUGAGGCGGAGUAUGCUGAUUGGACAGGAGCCACCACGUUCUACCUCUACGACCCGGAGAUUAGGCCGGAGCUUGGGAGGCACGCUGAACAUGGGCGAGAAGAAGGUGAAGGUGAGGGCGCUCAGCAUGAAGCAAACGAUGGCCUACAGCCCGGGCUCCCUGAAGGGCGUGACUAUGUUCCAGUCUUCCGGGCACCGCAGGAGUUCGAGCCACCCUCCCAGGCUCAAGUGGAGGCAGCAAGACGGUACUACCCUGGAGGUGGGGUGUGGGACCCUUGGAAUGGAGGCCGCAUUGAGGGUGAGGAGCAGGACAACGAUGAGGUGGCAGACCGACCCAGGAGUUCGAACGAGCGAGCCAGGCGUUCCAGAUCAAGGUCAAGGGAGCGUACUACAGCUCGGGGAGGCGACGGAUCUGACCGGAGAGUGGGCUACUUGGCGGCAUCCUAUGUGCUCGAGCAGGAGGAGGAGCAGGCAGGUGGAUGGCUUGACCUUUGCACGGAGUUCGAGGAGUCGCAUCAGGUUGGCUAUGAGGAUACCCAGGCCAAGAAUGAGGGCGUGAGCAAAGAGGUCCUCGACAGAGCCUUGAAGUACAUGGAGCAUUGCAGGGAGCACCCCAAGUACGACGCCAAGGUGAUCAAGACCGCUGUCAGGCUGGGUGACGACCUGCUGAGGACGGCCAAGACACUCGAGAAUGCGAUGAGGGGCCUUCGUGAGGCAAGACGCAAGGUGAUUGGGAUUCCUACCAGUGGCGCAACGUCGAGAGAGGUCCUGGACUGCUUGGAGGCCGACCAUGCCGACUACCUCAAGGCCAUGAAUGAAGAGGGUGUGCGGACACGCAGGUAUUACCCACCAAGGAGGUUGAGAGCAGAACCUUACCCAUCAGCCGUCGACCACCUCGAGGAGAUGUACCAGAAGGCUUGGAAAGAUGGUCAGUGGGGCAUUGUACUCUUCGCCUCGGACAUGACGGAGGAGUGCACCAAGACUCUCAUCGAGUGCCCGCAGGGGCGCGUACCCAAACAGCUGCCAGAUAGGAGCAUCAGUGCCGAGGGGCGACCCAUCCAUGCAAUGAUGACCGCAAAUGCAGCCACCCACAAAUACCAGCACCCGCCGGCCGUGCAACCGCGCCAUCGGCAGAUCGCCCGGAAAGCGGUUUGGUGGAGAGCUCGCCACCCAGGCAUCAGAUGCCUCAUAGCCAAGCUGGAUGUUAGCAGGGCCUUCAAGUGGCAUGAUGUGGCGCCAGAGGACACUUCGGACUUUGGCAGCGCCCUUCCAGGUGAUCCAGUGGGUGUGGAAGGAAGAGUGAAGAUGAUCUAUGGAGGCCUUCCUUUCGGCUGGUGCGGUGCACCCGGUGAGUACAUGGCGUUCGCUCUGGCAGGAAGGGCUUACCAUGAAAGCUUCAAGCCCGCCGAGGAGACCAUCAAUGGCCCGAGCCCGUUCUCAUCAGAGUGGCUGAUGGACGACAGCGUUGUUGUGGAACCCCUGGUGGGCGUCCGCCCUUGGCAAGCUGUGGAUUCACUUGGACAUGCCAUCGAGAAGAUCUGGGGUCAGGACGCCUUGAACCUCGAGAAGCAGAUCGAGGAGGGCACACCCGCGACGGAACAGAUCGUCUGGGGCUUGUUCAUGAACGUCGACAACAUGACCAUUAGGCUACCUGAGCCGAAAGCAUUGAAGAUGCGCUACCUACUUGCGCUCCCUGAGCUUCAAUAUGGAGGACGCUUGGUGCGCUUGAGGGUGGCCCAGGAGCUUCGGGGGCUGGGUCAAUAUGCGGCUAUCACUAUACCACCCCUGCGCACUGAACUCAGUACGAUCGACCUCUUCCUGUGCCCCAAUCGCUGCGAGGGUGGCUACAUCCGGCCGAAUGUCAACGAUGAGGAAGGUUCAGAGCGAGCCUGGCGUUGCUGGGACGAGAUGCUGGCCUUGCUGAGGCUUUGGUUUGAAACUCCCUACGCAGGGUCGUUUGAGGCCUCAAUGGAAAGCAUGUUGACAACACGUGAGCUCCUGGCGCUACCCGGGAUGAGUGAGAGGCUGCGCUGGGUUGGAGGAGACGCCACGCCGGAGGUGGCGGGCGCACUCGAUUGGAAGACCAAGCGCUACAUGCGGGAGGACGCAAAGGAGAUGCUGCAGGCCAUGGGCAAGGUUCCAGAGCUUGUUGACGACCCGGAGAUGAAGAUUGCCCUGGCGGAGCUCCUAUGCUUUGUUGGCCUAGCAGCAGCCGAGAGUGGUGAAUGGCACGGUGAAUUGAUUGCCUAUGCGACUGACAAUCAGAACGUGCGCUCCUGGCUGACGAAGCGUCAGUCAAAAUGUGCAGUGGCUCGCCACAUGCUUCGGAUCUUGGGCAUGCUGGAGGUUCGCUUCCACUUCAAGACGGUGGCCUUCUAUAUCCGGACGUAUCACAACAUCACCGCGGACUGGUUGAGCCGGGAGACCAAGAAGGUCGUGGAAACCCAGAUGGAGCUCGAUGGAUGGUCUAAGGUGGAAGCUGGUGAGAGCUGGGCGCACUACAUCGACGAGUCCGUGGCGGGGAUCUUCCGGUGGCCUGGAGGGGAGAACUUGGGCAGCGUGUCUCAGGUUGCAAAUGAUGAGACCAAGCCCUAUCGCCCCGUAGUCGCCUCAGGGUAUGCCGUGGAGCUCGGACGAGGCAUGCUGCCUUGGAUUGUUGCCUGGCAUCGUCUAGGGGGCCAAGUUUGCAGGACGGAUGCCAAAUGCACACCGCUGGAUGAGAAGCUCGAGAAGGCCCACUUCCAUGACAUUGACCCGGUGACUGAGGAGACCGAGCUGUCGUGGGCCUUUGCAUCAGUUGCGGAGGACAGUUGGGGGGGGAGCCGCACCUAUGUUAGGAACUUCGUGAAGAAGCACCAGCCAAGAUGCGUGUUGAUCGAUGUGGCUAAAGAUGGGCCGCUUGAUGACCUCCAGACAGACCUGGAGAAGCUGGGUUACAGGGUAAAUACCUUCGACUGCUUGACGACGCACUACGGGGAUCCAACCGCGAAGAGGAAGGUCAUUGUUCUUGGAGCACUUCGCGAUGGACGUCGUGCCAAUGAUGGAGCUUGCAUGCCACCAAGGAGCGCGGCUGAGCCGACAAGCAUCCAACGCACGUUGGACCCAGCUGCAGGAUCGGUUAAGCCACAAUGGCUUGACCGGGACACCGAGCUGACCCUGAACAGCAAGAUCUCAACAUCAGGAGACCGCAUGCUACCAUGGCCUGCCGGCCACUUCCGGGAGAACCACAUGGAUGACCAGAAGGAACUCCUCUACGAUAUUCGAGGGCCAGCACUGACAUGCCGGAAGGGGAGAUCGAUGGUGGUCCUCGAUCACCGCGGUACCGAAGUCCAAGCACGGAGGCUCGGGCCGGAAGAGGAGUGGUUACUCAAUGGCGGAAGGCUCGAUGACGUCCGAGCACUACAUGAACUUGGGGCGAGUCAGGAAUACUUCAAGAAGAAUGCAGCGAUGAAGUUCCCACAACAAAGCGCCCACAGGAUUGUUGCUUGGUUCGAACGCUGGCGGCAGGAUCACGAGUCCACCAAUGCCUCAUCUGAGGCGAAAGUGGGGGUGUGCACCGACCCAGACAGGCUGAAAGCUGAUGAACAUGUUCGGGCCUGGAUGCGAGCUUGGCAAGGAGAUCAUCAGAACCCCCGGGCGAACUAUGAGAGAUGGUUGGUGUCUCAUAGACAAGGGGAUGAGGAGGUGGACAAGGUCGGCGGCCGCAGGCAAGCCCCGUUGAAGAGGGCGAGAUCAGCGCCGCCGGACCGACUGGUGCUGCCUAGUGCAAUUGGACGAGGUCGCGAACGGCUACAGUUGGACGCCAACAAAGAGCUUCGUCGAGAUCAAGCAUGGUUGGAUGCACUGGCGGCAGAGGCAGUCAUGUCCAAGCUCUCGGAGGGGACACGCGCAGGCUAUGAAGUUGGUUGGAGACAAUGGUGCUUGUGGCGACGCAUGGGCAACAAGAGCGUCUACCUGACCGGGGAGACCAAGGAUGAGCGGAAGGCCGAUGAGGAUGAGCUGCUGAGGUUCAUGACCUACCUGGCGCAUGUCAUGGGGCGGACCGAAGGGACGGUGAAGCAACGGCUCUUCGCGAUCAAGAUGGGCCAUUUGGUGGCAGGGCACGAUGACCCCACUAUGAACAGAGUUCGCAUCUGGGCAGCAUUGAAUGGCUACAAGCGAUGGCAGCCCGAGACCAAGCGCAAGUACCCGGUGCUGCCGGGGAUGUUGACCUGGAUCAAGCGGCGCCUGAGCACCAGUGAGACGCUGAGCAAAUGUGACCAGGUGAUCUUGUGGGCUGCCGUCAUGGUGGGUUUCUUCUUCCUCCUGAGAGCGUCGGAGUUCUUGGUGACGAUCGGCAGGAGCUGGGGCAGUACACGAACUUUGAAGGGCAGCGACAUUGAGGCCCGCAAGGACAACAAGCAGGUGGCAAACUUCUACCAGGCGGAGGAGAUCGUGAUCUACCUCAAAGGGUCAAAGACGGACCAAUACAACCAGGGCACCGUGCGCAAUCAGUUCCGGAGUGGCAAUGAACUUUGCGUGGUGGCGGCGCUCGCGGACUACCAGAACAUGAAGCCUGAACGUUUUGCAGGGGCAGAAGAAAACCAGCCCCUGUUCAGGUUUGAAGAUGGCAAACCGCUGCAACGUGGUGAUAUCCAGAACCUGAUCCAGUUGGCGGCGGUGGCAGACGGGCAAUCUACGACCCGAUACGGCUCUCACAGUUUACGCAUUGGUGGAGCUACGGCUAUGUACCAAACCACCAAGGACCUGGACGUGGUCAAGAGAUUUGGAAGGUGGAAUUCAGAUGCCUUUCAUGGCUACCUAUGGGAGUCGCAUGAGCGGCAAAAGGACCUCGCGAAGGGGAUGGCGCGUGCCGAUGGUCAGCUGCUGGCACCCAGGAAGAACAAGGGCUAUGAGGCUGAGCGCCACCCCCUCGAGAAACCGAAAGCCAUGUACGACCAGUCGCAACAGCAUGGCACCACGAGAGUGGGAACUCUGAUCGACAAGGGUGAACAUGGAGCCUUAGGUGACUUCAGUGACGAAGAGCAUGGAGCACAUGGCUACAUCAUCCUGAACGACGAGGAGAUCCCCACUGUGGAGUGCAACGGCGGCUGUGGAGAUGGAAGGGGAGCAGAAGCAGCAACCCUCUCCAGUCAGGCGGAGACGUCAACCGAGAAUUACAUCAACAACACCCUGGACUCCGAAGACGAGGAGUGGGAAGAAGCCUGGGACAUGGACCAACCACGGGACUAUCUCGACACGGUCGUCCACGUCUCCAGUCGUUUGGAGAAGAGAUCGCAGCUGGACCAUCACCUGCUGGACGCAGUCACUCGGGGCGAGGUGGGGGAGAACCCCUAUGCGGACUCCAAGCGAGGCUUGAUGCUCUGGACGUCCGUGCGGGCACAAAGCUUGGCCUUUAAGGGCGGCCUCUUCUGCCAUGCAGCGUCACCGGGCAUCGUGGACUCCGACCUUGGAAGGCAUGUUGUUCCAGCAUGGCUUUGGCCUUUUACCAAGCCCCUGCGAAUGCUUCUGAUGCGCUCCCCAGCGGAAGGGGCACUUGCAGUGGUGGGAGGGGCGUUGACGCCUCAAGCCACCAGCUGUUUUGGACGCUACUGGGACGGCGAGGCCCAAGUGGAAGAUCUGGUCAUCGAACGCAUGGGUAACAAGCAGCUGGCCCUUUCCUUGGUGAAAUGGGCCACCAAAGCCACCGCCCUGGAGCAGCGGGCUGACGGCUACGACCGCUAG